AUGGUAGCAUUCCUGGCACACGUAGGUCUUACAAUGUAACCAAAAACUAUUUUUUUAAAUUUGAAGUUUGUUUUUUUGUUAUAUUUUAAAAGUGCCAACCACAGCCUCUUCUCCAACAACAAUUCCUUAUAUUAUUUUCAGCAUGUCCCCUCGGAUCAUGUAUGCUGUCAACCAACCCAGAAUGUGUAAAAGUGCUUGGUGUUUCAGUUUGUUGUACGUUUUUUACAUAAUUAUUAAAGCUUGACCUGUAAAAAGACCGACAAACCCUUUUCAGCCAGCCUACGGACCGGGCCUCGAGUUAGGCCUUUGCUUUUGGGAUUACGGUAGCCAGCCAGGACCCUUUCAAAUUAGCGUUGACCUGAUAUCAGGCCUAAUUAAAACACAAAAAAAAUGUGUUGAAGAUAGCUAGCAUACAAAUCCAAACGCUAAAGAGCAAAAGAACAAGGGCAACAGAAAGACCCCUGUAGACCUCGCAUCCGGCCUGAAGCAGAGCAAACUUCAUCUGCUCGGGCAAAGGCUAAAUGAAACCGUCACAAGUUACCACGUACAAACUCGGGAGAUAUAGAUUAGAUUAGUUAAUUAGUUGAAAUCAAACAAUUGCUGACAUGUGUAGUUUUAUUAACUCUAAACUUUUUUCUUAAGGUCCAUCAAGUGACACAACUACGUCAACUACUCCGAGUACACCUACAACACCCACGACACCUACAACUCCCACCACCCCAACUACGCCUACGACUCCAACCACCCCUACAACUCCUACGACACCCACUACUCCGACAACGCCUACCACCCCCACGACUCCAACGACGCCUACCACUCCCACUACUCCAACUACUCCGACCACACCUACUACGCCUACCACUCCCACUACUCCAACUACUCCGACCACACCUACCACGCCUACAACUCCCACAACGCCUACUACUCCAACCACUCCAACAACGCCUACAACACCAACUACACCUACCACUCCAACUACUCCGACCACCCCUACGACUCCCACAACCCCUACCACUCCAACAACACCAACUACGCCCACUACUCCUACCACGCCAACUACGCUACCUACGACACCAACAACUCCAACAACACCUACCACGCCCACUACUCCUACCACUCCCACAACGCCUACUACACCAACGACACCAACUACACCCACAACCCCUACAACUCCUACCACGCCGACAACCCCAACGGCACCGACCACUCCAACUACACCUACAACUCCCACGACCCCUACCACACCUACGACACCAACGACGCCCACUACUCCCACUACACCGACGACUCCCACCACACCUACUACUCCAACCACCCCUACAACUCCGACUACACCAACUACGCCUACUACCCCUACUACGCCAACUACCCCUACUACGCCUACUACCCCUACUACGCCAACUACCCCUACUACGCCUACUACCCCUACUACCCCUACUACGCCAACUACCCCUACUACGCCUACUACCCCUACUACGCCUACUACCCCUACUACGCCAACUACCCCUACUACGCCUACUACCCCUACUACGCCAACUACCCCUACUACGCCUACUACCCCUACUACGCCAACUACCCCUACUACUCCUACAACUCCGACCACACCCACUACACCCACUACGCCUACGACACCUACGACGCCGACGACCCCUACUACCCCGACAACGCCAACCACUCCCACGACACCCACAACUCCUACCACUCCAACCACACCUACCACGCCUACCACGCCUACCACUCCAACAACCCCUACCACUCCAACGACACCCACUACUCCGACAACGCCUACCACCCCCACGACUCCAACGACGCCUACCACUCCAACCACACCUACCACGCCUACCACGCCUACCACUCCAACAACCCCUACCACUCCAACUACUCCGACCACACCUACUACGCCUACCACUCCUACAACUUCUCCCGGUUGUGCUGGUACGGCUCCAGAUAGGUCAUCAGAUUGCAAAAACAAAGCUCAAAUGUGUACUGUACCUGCCUAUGUAAAUCUAAUGAAACAACUUUGUCCAGCCACCUGUGGUUGUGUUUCUGCAACGCCAGGUGUGCCAACAACCACGCCUUCAGGAAGUAG